CACCGCGCCCUGCGCCCCGUGCGAGCGCGCCCUGCCGGGGCCCCCGGCUCAGCCGCCCCGAGGCCCAAGCCGCGCGCAAACUUUUGCUCCUGUGCCCGGCGCUCCUCCCAGGCAUGUGAAGCCCCCAGGCACCCGCGCAGUCGCCAGGUUCGCCCCGGGAGCGGGUGCCGCGGGCCGAGAUGCUCCUCCGGGACCUGGUGCUGCGCCGUGGCUACUGCUGGCCCUCACUGCUGCUGCACUGCGCGCUCCACCCGCUCUGGGGCUUCGUGCAGGUGACGCACGGGGAGCCCCGGAAGUCCUGCUCCAAGGUGACCGACAGCUGUCAACACAUCUGCCAGUGCCGGCCCCCGCCCCCGCUGCCCCCGCCCCCGCCGCCCCCGCCGCCGCCCCGACUCCUCUCCGCCCCAGCUCCCAACGCUACCUCGUGUCCCAUUGAGGAAAGCUGGUGGUCAGGGCUGGUGAUCAUCAUCGCGGUAUGUUGUGCCUCCCUGGUGUUUCUCACUGUGCUUGUCAUCAUUUGCUACAAAGCCAUAAAGAGGAAACCCCUGAGGAAAGAGGAAAACGGCACCGGUGUGGCUGAGUAUCCCAUGACCUCCUCGCACAGCAGCAAAGGGGUGGACGUGAACAGCGCCGUGCUGUGAGUCUGCAGGCCCUGGGCCGCCGGCCAGACGGGCACCUCGGCGGCACUAGUGGACACAGGAAAGCAGGUGGACACGAGCUGACCCUGGGCCUGUCGGGACUUCAUUGCCUUGCAGGCCUCGAGCCUCCCGAAGGAGAAACCAUACUCUGCCCAGCCUCGCCCCUGGUCAGUCCACGGGCAGGGGCGGCGGACACCGUGCUGAGCCAGGCUCACCUGCGUGCAGCACCCGGGGCGGCGCUGCCACCCGCGGCCCCGUCUCUUCCUUGUCUUGCGUUUGAUCCGUUGACUGUCUCCGGGCUGCUGUCUAAAGCACACGCUCUGAGAAGGCAGGGAGUCUGUCUGCCGGGGCGGGGAGGCAUCCCGCUUUAGCCAAAAGGAAACCUCUCCUCCUCCCCAGGAAGCCCGCCUGCUUCUUCCCUGACCAAGCUGUUCCCAACAGAAGCCAUGGGCGCAUCCGUGAGACGUCCCCGUUCAAAGGUGCUUCCCACACAUCUGUCCGCCACCCCAUCUGCAGCUGUCUCAGUCUUCAGGGCCUGCCUUCUCCCCACCCCCGUCCCCACCGACGCCUGGGGCCCCUGACUGCUGACCCCCUGCCACGGAGGGCCGGGAGCCCAGCCUGCAGAGUCCUCUCCGGACCCAGCAGAGGGGCCCAUUCACACCCCGGGGUGGAGUCUGGCCAUCCAGGGAAAAACGACUCACUGAACCUCAGGCCCGGGGCCCAGGAAGGACAGGGGCCACUACGCCGGUCCUCAGAUUCAUUCCCCCACCUGACCCUCGAGGAACCAACGCUUCCACGUGAGCCAGGCCCUGCCUUUCCCCCGGCAGAAGCCACCACUUGUGCCAAACCCACCGCCGGUCCUCUGGGCUGGGCCCACCCUGCCUGACGCCGGGGCCCCUGAUGCUCCCCUGAGGCCUGGUACCCAGACCCUUCCCUGAGAGUCCCCAGGCCUCCCGUCACCCAGAAGGAGGCAGUGUUCUUCCUGUGGCUUGCUUUGAAUGUCUUUUAUGUUCUAAAAGCGCUGAGCCCUCCGGAGUGGUUGGUAGAUGAAGGGAAGAAAAGGAGAUGUGAGGAGAGGGACCCUCCAGGCCUGGGGACCCCCUCUACUGGCCCAGUGACCCCCAUCUGCCAGCCUCUUUGGCAGGUGGCCACCCGCCCCGUGGGUGCAUUGCUAGGCCCUUGGAGACAGCAGCCUGUGGUUCUGCACAGCCCACGCGCUGGGAGAACACGCCCCGCGGUUCCCUCACUGCCACACACCUGCUGAGAAGGGACCCGACCCAGCCAGCGGCUCCACUGGCUGGCUAUGUAGGGACUUAGCCUGGGGACCCUGACCGCCUCCUAAGCCAUCAGUGUCGUUCUCUGGGGGGUGUUUGGGCCACAGGUGAGACUUUCCCAUCCAGGGGAGACUGAUAGACUGAAAACCAGUCCCCAUUUGGGCUGAACCUUGAAACAUCCAUUGUCCAGGAGCCCUGGUGCCCACGGAAUUGUCUGUGGGCGGAGCGCAGGGGAAAAGGUGAGUGUGCUGUGACCCUGACCCAGGUCCUGCUCCCAGGUCAGCGGGUACAGGCUGAGGGCAGGUCCAUGGCAGACUCUCCCAGAAAGGAUUUUUCCUGCUUUUCCAUUUUCCCCGUGCGUGAGGCCUGAGUGUGGGUGUGGAUUGGGUUUUGCUCUCCCCGUGCACCUUAGCACAGGGCCACCUGUGGCCUUCGUCCCUGGUGAGCACUUGACAGUAGUCACGGUUCAUGCCCUCCAGUUCCCAAGGAUGCAGAUCUGGGUGACAAGCAGGCCAGAGGCUGUGGGUCCUCAGCGGGGCACACCCCACCCCAGCGCACUUCCCCCUACUACCUGCAGCCUCCUGCUGAGUCCCCCCUGAUCCCUGAACACUGACCCAGGCGGGACCCCAGCCCUAAGCACACGCCAUCCUGGGUUCGGAAGUGAUAGGAGAGCACCUUCAGCCAGAGGGAAGGAUCCGGGCUAAGGGAUCGUGGAGUGCUGGACAGCCAGUCUCGGGGGGACCCCGAGGGGGGCAGGUCGCAGCCCGGCUUUUGCACAGACCUACUGGUCCACCUUCCCCAACCUGAGCUUCAACUUAGGAGGCCCGGAUUUUGCAAUUAGCCUAAUCCUCCAGCCCCGGCGAGGCUCCCCACGAGGAACCCCGGUGAACCAUCCAUCCAUCACUCUGGGGCCAGUAUCUCCUUCCCUGGAGACACACAGCCAGGUCUCCAUGAAAAGCUAACGUUUGUGCAUAAAUUCCCCCAAAUUGGGUUUGUCAAAUCUCCUCUCACCAGUUAGUGAAAACUGAGAGAAGGGCCCAGUUUUUAAAAGAGAAUUCACUUGAGAACAAACCCAGAACCAGCCAUUUGGAAGACAGCUCUCAUGGGUGCAGGGGGAGAGCCCCACUGGAUUUUCAGCUUAAGCAACAGAAGCAACCAAAACCGCCCCAGCCUGGUGUUUGAGCUUAGAACUUUAACUUAAGGAAUGUAUCUGCAGCCCCUAAACACGGACCAAUCCUCAGACUAGUCUGAACUUUCGAGAACGAAAUGCACAUUCCUUCUCUGCAUUUUCUCAAAUAGAUAUUUUUCAACCAUCUCCUAGUUGAGCCCAACUUUAGAGUGGCAUAUAGAUCUCCCAGAGUUUUCAGGUGUUCCUUAGAAGCUUCUAAAGCAAGUUUUGGAAGAAAGACUAAUAGCUGUAAAAAUAUAGACAUAUAUAUUAUAUAUAGUUAUAUAUAUAUUUAAAGAGAUAUCUAUAUCUAUAUAUAUAUAUAAUUACUGUACUCUCUGAAUCUGUACAAAGUAUGAUUUAAACAGCCCAGGUAGUGUGAGAUAUCUAAUGCAUGAAUGUAAAUACCCUGAGACCUGCCUUCCUAACCGUGUGCCAAGAGUACCUGGGAAGAUGGCUCUUAUUCCCAGGAGUUCUGUCUCAAUGGACAAAUAUACACAUCGGUGCCGUCCUGCCCACCAACAAGCCACUGAUGUCGACUCUGUGCUGAGAUGUUGCACAGGAAGCAGGACCGGCAGCGCUGGGGGGGGGCUCCAUGAUACUUAUGAGGAAGAAAGCACCAUGCCUUUUUAUUUUCAAUAAAAAUAUACUUAUAAA